AUGGGAAGAGCUCCAUGCUGUGACAAAGCCAACGUGAAGAAAGGGCCAUGGUCGCCUGAAGAAGAUGCCAAGCUCAAGUCUUAUAUCCAACAACACGGCACCGGCGGCAACUGGAUCACCCUUCCCCAGAAAAUAGGGCUCAAGAGAUGUGGAAAAAGUUGCCGCCUCCGGUGGCUGAAUUAUCUCCGCCCCAACAUCAAGCAUGGUGAGUUUACUGAGGAAGAAGACAACAUCAUCUGCACCCUCUACAUAACCAUUGGAAGCAGGUGGUCCAUCAUAGCGGCGCAGCUGCCGGGAAGAACAGACAAUGAUAUCAAGAACUACUGGAACACAAAACUGAAGAAAAAGCUACUAGGCACCAAGCUGCAACCACCGCCGCCGCCGUUGCCGUUCCCGCCGCCUGCAGAUUUGUAUUCUUUGCCGCAGCAAACAGUGCCCCUUCCCACACAUUAUUCACACAUUCAUAACCAACCACCAUUAUCGUCUCUAAGCUGCAGUAGCACCAAGUUUCACUGCCCUGCAGAUGAUCUUCAACCACACGAAGAAAACCCCAUUAUUGCUGCUGCAAACACCGCCUUUUCAUCUGCAUCCAUUUUCUCCAUGGCCGCCACCAAUAAUUCCCAGGGAUUUAACAGCUUUCCCAUCGACCUAGCAGACGACAACCUAUUCUAUGGAUAUGAUCAGACUCAAGAAAGCUAUAGCUAUUCAAUGGAUCUCCACCAAGAAAUGGCUCCGCCCAACAUUCUUCAAGGGCCAACCUACCUUAUUUAGAUCAUUAAUAUAAUAAUCUUUGUGUUUUUGUCAAUAAUUAAUGUUAAACUACUAGUUCUU